AUUAUAGGGCCAAGUUAAAGGAAGAAGGUAAUUUAAGAGAUGAUAUAGAUAUCCCAGAGGAUGAUAACAAUAUACCAACCAGUAUCCAAGAUAUUAAAACUCAAAUCAAGAUUGCUUUACAUCCUGAGUUAAAGGAUAAGUAUGUUCAAGAACAAGAACUUAAGAACACAACUGAAUUUGAAAAACUACGAGAUCAAAUUGAUGGAACUGCCAAAGAUUGAUUCGAUUGAUUUUUGAAUAUGCUUUUCUAAUAGAUGUUAUACUGUACAUAGAGAUAUUAUCAUCAAUAGACAUGAUUAAAUUAAAACCAUCUGAUAUUUGUAGGAGCCCACUAUAUAUUUUCAGUAAAGUACUGCGGUAGUGAUGUCCAUCACUAGUACAAAAAAAAUUCUGUAAAAUCAAAAUUUAUGACUAUGAUUUACUUACAACCAAACGAAUCAACCAGUCAGUGGAAAGGAUGGGGAAACUUAAGAGGAAUAGAAAGAAUAACAAAUCAAGACAGAAUCCACUUGGAUCCAAUCCUAAAUCUGCGAAGGAAAAUGGAGAUGGGAAAAAGGAUGAAAGUACUAGACAAUCCAAGAUCUUACCGUUAUUGAACAAAUUGCAAUCCAGUAUUCCUAAUGAUAGAUCAAUGGCCCUUGCAGCAAUUACUGUUUUAUGUGAAGACUCAAGAAUGAGAAAGAUGUUAUUAAAGGAAAAACUUGUCAGUAUCAUCAUGGAACAAUGUUUGAAUGAUUCUAACGAUGAGAUUGUGGUUGAAUCAUUUGGAUUAUUGAGAAACAUUGGUAUUGAAGAAGGUUAUGAUGUACUUAAACAUUAUUGGAGAUCAGGAAUAUGGACUAGUAUUGAGGGUGCAUUGGGAAAGAUUGAAAAAUCAUUUCAAUAUUUGAUUGAAAACCAUACUAAUAAGAAUGAUAAAUCAAAAGUUCAAUUGUUAUAUGAUUUUACUGAAAAUAUCUUGUCGUUAAUUGUUACUUUAAGUGAAGGAUCAACCGAUUUAUUUGAAUCUGUAUUUGAUAAGAUUGAUCCUGUUUUAACAUUAGUUAUUAAAUUAUUAAAUCAAAGAGAAUUCAAAUUUUCAAAUGCGAUGUUUAAUUCAUUAUUAGAAUUUAUCUAUGAAUUAUCCACUGAAUCAAUUGAUUUCAUUCAAAAGAUUAAUGCUAUUCCUGAAUUCAAUAUAGAUGCCACAGCUCAAUAUGUCGAAAGUAAAGAUUCAUUCAAUAGAUUGACUAAGAUUUACCUUAUUGGUAUCAAAUUCAAUAACUUAGAAAUCGAACAAACCCAAAGAGUCAUCAAUAAAAGUCUUGUCAGUGAAGAAAUUCUUCUUACUAUUUUCAAUUUAAUCAUUGAAAUUGAUUUAGAUGAACUAAAAGAAACUUUACAAUCUAUUAAUCAGCCUGACAAUUCUCAACAACCUAUUCAAAAGGGUGAAGGAUCAUCGACUGUUAUGGAAACUGAAUUAACCAAAGAUCAAGAUGUUAAGAAACAAUUAAAGGUCGAUUUAAGUUCUUUAGAAAUUUCUCUUGAUUUGAUCACUUCCAUUAUUGAAUAUUUAUCCAUUAAUGAAGAAAAUAUUGAAGAACCAAUUACAUUAUCUAAUGGAUUAUUAGAAAUAUUAUUAAACAAGAUAUAUCCAAGUUUAGUUGAAUUAAUUAAUUUCGAAUUGGAUAAUGAAUUUAUCUUAUCAUUGAUUGAAAAAUUAUUAGUCAGUCUUAUUAAUUUAUCAUGGUUAAUGUUAAGUAAUGAAAAUUUACCUAUUGAAUGGUUUGAAAAGAGUUUACAAUUAUGGGAUUUAACUGUUAAGAUAAGUUCUAAAACUGAAGACAAGAAUUUACAAAAGAAUUGUUUAAAUAUGUUUUGGAGUUUGACAAAAGCAUUGGGCCCACAAGUUCAACCAAAGAUCCAAGAUGGUAUGAUCGAAGAAUUAUUAAAUAAAUGUAAUAGCAUUGUGAAAAACCAACAAGAAAAGGAACAACAAUCAAAUGCUGACGAUGAUUGGGAAUUCUUGUUAUCAAGUGUUGGAUUCUUAGGUAACUUAGCUCCAAUCAUUGGUAAUACUGAAAAGACAUUUAAAAUAUCUGAAUUCUUAUUGGCAACCAUUGAAAUACUCACAUCAGGAACCAUUAAAAAAGAUAAUGAAGGAUUAAGCAUUGAGAUUGUAAAUGAAAGUAUUAAUUUAAUAUUUGAUAUUUUUGGUGAUAAAGAUUUUGAAUAUGAUAAUGAGAUCUUUGUUCAACAAAAUUAUCUUCAAAGAUUAACAUCAAUUGAAAGAAAAUUUAAGGAGUUUACCAAGAAAAUUGAUAAGAACAAGUAUCCAAGUUCAAAAGCAAAAGGUACUGAAACAUUGAUGAAUCUUGGCAGAUUCAUUCAAUAUAAAGCUAGUGAAUAUUAGAGUAGAUCUAAGUAAAUAAAAAGUUUGUAAAUUAGAACAUUAAUAUUAAAACUAAUAAUAUGAAGACAUUGUAAUAUUAUCUGGUCAAUCAAUUGCAUUGUGUCGUAAUGAAUAAGCUGAAAUUUAAAACUAUUUUAUAGUGUAAAUAUUUACAUUCAAUGGUUAUUUCCAAAAUAAGGAAUCGUGGAUAUAUACCACACAUCCACACUGCAACGGAAGUGUUUAUAUGUACCAAGGCCACACAAAAUUUGUGGCCAGUUGUUUAUUUGUCUGAUGGGGUUUGGCUUCAGUGGGGCUCACAAUGGCUAAAAAUAGAAACAUGGUUUUGUGUACUUCAAUUACAUGCAUGUUAAAUUUUAUUUCAGGCUCGGAUGAUAAAGCGGAGUCAAUUUUUGUUAUAAUUCGUUCAUAAGCUUCCUAUUUACG